GACAAGUGUGUGAUCGGAGAAGGUUAGCGAGGGCCUCCAGGAAAUGAUCAAGGGCCGCUCCAAUAGGACUUAGGAGCAGAAAUUGCUUUAUAUGGAAGGGCAAACGCGGAAAGAUCGGGAAGCAGGUGGAAUGAACCAUGACGUCAUAACUCGACUCUCAGUGUGCUCGCUGUUGGAGACGACGCACUCCGACAUAUAUUCACCGCUGCUCACGAUGCCGACAACGACAAAUCCCGAACACGAUUAUCUCGUGCUGACAACACCUGCCGUUCUGAUAACACCUGCUACACGGUUCUACCUCCCCGCCGUCGUUACUUGACUAUUUAAGUCGCUCUGCACUGCUAUUCACUGGCUGUCAUCUAGAUUGUGUUUACUCCACACUAGCCACCGUUGCAUACAUGUAAAACACGCCUCUAUUGUACUGGUCUGUGGUGUCCUUCCCCACUUUGUUCUCACUUAUCACUGUGGACCGGUCCAUCUGCACUCCAUAGGACAGUGCUCCAUACAUCUAGCUUAUUACCAGUACUACGUCUAGACCCCGUUGCUGUCUACGCCAGCGUGUUUAUGUCCAUCACUUCCGAAGCCAAUACAAUGCGUGCAACCUUUCCUCCUCAGUCUGCGCAGGUCUCCGCAAGCCGUGAGCCGACUCCGAAGCCAUCAGACAGGGUCGUCUUUUCAUUGGCCCAUUCAACAACGCAUCCACAUGUCGCGGGCUUUUCUUCCCCGGACUGGACCUCAUCCGACCAACACAUUUAUGACACACCGAGCCCUAUAAGCAUUGCUCGUUCCAGCAGCGAAGGCUCUGGACAGAAGCAUCUCCCCCGUUCCGACGUUCACUCGACAGAUCCUGCAAGAAGAGGGCUUGUGAUUAUUCAUUUUCUCCGUCUUCUGUCCGAUACUUUGCUGAUAACCUUUGCUUUUAUCCUGCUGCUCGUUCGUGUCUCAAAAGCACCUCGGGCCUCGCAUGAUAUAAACCCCCCAGACGUUUCUGCCAAAGAGACUCUCCUCUCUCACCACGACCGCACGAUCAUCUCCUCGUCCACCUCCCCAACUUCGACGUCCACCCCUACCUCGUCCUCUUCAGACGAUUCUCUCCAUCGUCUGAAACCUCAAGAUCCUGGUGUUAUUAAACCGGGUGAUGCAAUCCCGUCUCUUUUGGAUUCCACUUCCUCCGAUUCGACGACCAGCAGCAGCCUUAUGGACCAACGGGAUAUGCAGGAUUCCCGUUUGCCACCCACCGGUUCAAGUUCAGAUUCUGGCAGGCCUCCUCCAUCUGGCAAUCGCGGUCGUCCACACUCGCAGACCAAUCGUAGAAACCAGCAACCGCAUCAUCGAUCACAGCCCUUCGUGACACCUGGUUCGCAUUUCCCUGGCCCACCCUCGCACCCUCCAGAGCAAGCUUCUACAGCGUCUGCACCACCUCCCUUUCACAGCCCACACGCCCCUCAUCCGUAUGCACCAUCCUCUGCACCGCCAUACCUUGCCGUCGGUACACCUGCACCCGGAGGGAGCUUCAUGGGUUCUGCAGGAUCAUAUACGAUAAGUCCACCCCCACCGGUGAAUAUGGUACCGCAAAGUAGGUCUACAUUCGCUUAUCCCCACCAUCCAAGUUUGCAUGCCCACGAUACAUCCAUGCAUCCACAAAAUCCUUCGCUAAUGGGCUAUUCUACAAACACACUGGUACCUAUAAUGCAGCCUCCAUACUCUACGUACACACCUGUACCGCCACCUCCGCCACACGGGCAUUCACCUGCAGGGAGCUCCUCUUCGAGCCACUUGAAUACACCGGUGACAAGUGCUGGAGGUAUGCCCGCUGGAACCUCGAGCUAUUUUGCUUAUGCCUCACCACCCCCACACUCUCCUUUAGCACCUCCGUCUCAGCAGAAUACGGGUUCGUCAUACGUAUCUCCGCAUCCCUCUGCGGGUGGCUAUGCGUCUCACCGGUUCCCUACUUCACCCUACAACCCAUACCCUCCACAUACUUAUGGCCAUACUGGUUCAGUGUACCCCGCGACGUAUCCGGCGUUUACACCUGCUAGUUAUGCGCCUGCUCCGUUGGAGGGACAGGAAUCACAGGGAACUUGGUGGUACAUGCCUCAUGUGUCUCGCCCACCAACGACGAGUGGCUAUGACGGGUAUGCAGGUCAUACUGCUUAUGCUUACCCGGCUAGUCCAAUAGGUAUGACGGAGUUGGAAGCCGCUGCUAUUGCCGCUCAAGGGUACCCUACCGUUUCGAGUGCAGGCUCAAGCUUGUAUGCGAUGUCAUCUGGCAGUCCACAACCAUCACAAUCGCCUCUGCAACGCCCUCUACGAUCGCCCUUACCCCCUUCCUUAUCGCCCUUACAUUUACACUCACCUUCCGGUCAUCCACAGCCGUCACCGUCUAUUGUUUCAUCGUCAUAUCCUUCACCUUCUGCGAAGUCCGACCAUGCUGGCUCUAAUCCAGGUCGCGCAUCACAAGGUAGCGCUGGAGCUGCUGUACCGCCAAGUGGUGGGAAUCCAGAACGCGGGCUGGGAAGACGAUCAUAUCAUCCCAAUCCACCAGCUCACAGGUCCGAAUGGGUGAUGUGGGCGGGGAACGUACCUUCCGAUGCUACAUACGACGAACUCUGGCGAUUUUUCAAUCAGCUACCGUCUCCUAGUGCCGAGUCGAUGGCAAGUAGCGCCGGUACUGUCGCAAGUGGUGGUAGCAGUUCAAGCAUGCCAACGAGUGUGAAGUCGAACCCGAAUCCUCCGUUGCAUGGUUCGGGAUACGGACGAGAGCAUGGACGUGGAAGUUAUUCGGGUGGUCCUGGGACUUCCAGUUCAUCUUCUGGUGCUGCCUCGGGUCCACCUGCGCUUCAGACUCAGAGUUUUGGGCAAGGGACCUCGCAAUCUUCACAGCAGCCAGAAGCACCUAUAUACGGAGGCGUUGAGUCCAUAUUCCUCAUUUUGCGGUCUAACUGUGCCUUCAUCAACUUCGCAACGGAGGAACACCUUCAUGCUGCUAUUCAGCAUUUUAAUGGACGGCCCUUGAGGCCGCAUGACGUUAGGUGUCCCCAGUUGGUUUGUCGUAUACGAGGGAAGGACGAUGACCUUAAAGCCGGCGUUGGUGCGCAGAGAGGGGCUGGCAUUCACAUUAAGUGGAUCAAGGAUCAGAAGGAGAGACACAGACUUGCUAGGAGUAUGUCUGUGACCCAAGGGAAUACGAGUCCAGUUGCAUCUGGAGUUGGGAGAGGGAGAGGCAAUGUGGGGGAGCAGACAUCAAUCUCAAGUUCUUCUGAAGCGCUUACUUCUCCGUCCAGCUCACCUGGAGAGCAUCCGUCGAUCGCGUCCCUCUCGGACGAUGAGCUUGCGUCAGUUCAGCGACGACAUGGACGGGGAAGACCUGCUCUUCAUUCGAACAGCUCUGGCUCGUUGUCAACGAGUUCUAGUAUCUUGCAGCAGUAUUUCCCUAAACGUUAUUUCAUUCUGAAGUCUCUUACGCAGUCCGAUUUAGAUUUGAGCAUUCAGAAAGGUUUGUGGGCGACACAGAAGCAUAAUGAAGGGAUCCUCGACCAGGCGUAUAGAACGAGUAAGGAUGUGUACCUCAUCUUUAGUGUCAACAAAAGCGGAGAGUUUUAUGGGUACGCCAGAAUGGCAGGUCCGAUUCUGCGGGGAGAACAUCAAGUCUCGUGGGCCUCCCGUUCCGAUUCUCCAUCGACGCGCCGAGGGUCUUCUCUAUCUCAACCUUCUCCCGGGCCAGAUAGCCCAACAGCGGCACGUUCUCCACCGACGUUCUUUUCACCGAAUGAGAAUCGUCUUUAUGACGAAUCUCCACUGCCACUACCGGUACCUCCCGACACUCCUGUACAAGACAGGUCAACUGUACCCCUAUCUGCGCCUGCAGAAAUGGGUCGCCCGUAUCGUAGGCUCAGUAAACAUUCGUCGGCUGUCCCCACGGCGAGCUUGGACGUCAGGAAACUGAAGCCUGCGCUCCUCAGGCGAGACGAUUCGUUUGAGUUGGACCCUGGCGCCCCUAUGAAAGCCGCCAUAGAGAGGUCAUCUCCUGACGAUGCUCCUUUACCGGGUCAAAGGUCUGGGGGUCCGCUUAGGGAUGAUGACGGUGUUAAGAGAUGGGAUAUGGUUGGACUGGGAGGGAGUUUGCUUGUCCCUGUGGAGGAAGGUGAUGAAUCAUCGCAGGAGCCGCCAACUGAGGAAGCUGAGUCGAAAGGGAAGGGACGAGCUGUGGAGGCUGGGCAGCAAGAAAUUCCUCGUGACGAAGGGCCUGUCUGGGGUGAAUCGUUCAGGAUUGAGUGGAUUCGCACAGAUCGCCUUCCGUUUCAUCGUACUCGACACUUGCGCAACCCUUGGAACCAUGAUCGGGAGGUCAAGGUAUCUCGAGAUGGAACUGAGUUGGAGCCAACUGUGGGCCAGGCGUUGUUAGAUGAGUGGGACAAGCCUGAUCCUGAUCCAGGCCUUACACCUUCUGCCGUUGAACGUCCUGUAGGAACCAAGACCGUGCCGGACUCUGUGGGGAGUCCCUCUGUUCAAGCCCAUGGUGUCGGUAGAGGAAGAGGGAGGUGAACGAUGAGUAGGAUACCUCAAUGGCCUGAAGUCAGCAUUGCUUCCCUGGACAGAGAGGGAGCAAUCCGGUGCUGAAGAAACGGGGGGGGGGGGUUCUCCGCGGCCGAUGGAAGAGUUGACCCCCCUCACGUGGAAGAAUAGACCAUUACUAUCACGAAACGAACUUGCUACUAAUUCUCAAAAUUAAAGGCAACACGCAUGCACGCACACACACGAACGCUACGCACGUACCGCACCAUUCUUUUCAUGUUUUUCCUAGCUUACUCACCCGUUCGGCUCCUCCACUUUUAUCAUACACGAUGCGGGAGUGGAAGAGUCGAGUCGUGUCAUUAGUAGUUCAUCUUAUCACACAUCAUUUUGUUUGUUUUGUUGCUUUCAUUAAGCUUCUUGUUGCGGAUUAGUUAGGGGAGACUGCUUUCCUACAUUUUCGGGUUCGUCUGUUUGGUUUGCUUUGGGGCCUCAUCAACAUGCCGCUACUGUUGCAUUAUUUCAUUACUAUCUUCCAUUUUGCUCGUCGACGCUUUCAAGCAUUGCUCCUCACCACACUUACUCAUCCUCUCACUCACGUUCUGUAGCAAUAGGUAGAUUCCUCCAUCUCAUACAUGAUAACAAUAAUCCUCGCAUAAUGGCAUAAUACACGAUCGCGCCGUUGUGCGCUGGCAUUGAGCCUCUGCUCAUCAGUUCUAUCUUGUGUUUUUAGUGUUUCAUUGACUGUAGUCCCCGUGCGCUUAGGAAAAAAAAAUUCUUGCAGAUCUC